AUGACGAGUCCAGUUGCACGCGGCGGAAUGGGACUGCAACAGCUCAUAGGUCCCUCACUCCUCAUUGGGGGACUUGGCUCACUCUGCUUGACAGGGAUGGCAAGCGUGCCAACCACCGUGGUCAUGACCUGCUUCAUUUAUCUCUCAGGCAUCGUGCCGGAAAACGAGUACUUUCCCAAGGCGUGGUUCAAGAGCAAUAUUUUUACUUGGGUGUAUCGUGUGUAUUGCAGUGAUGCUGUUGGGUACACCUACAUGCGGCCGAUGCUGCACGCACGUCGAAGCCUUCCCCACUCGGACUACCGCCAUGGUGUGCGAUGUCUGAGUGGUGUUCACAAGGCAUCAUUGUUGUUUCCUGUGGAAUCAAAGACAAACUCAGAGUUUUAUGAACGUGGGGGUGGGUUGGUUGACCUGAAGAGUCUUGGUGACUCAUACAAGGAAGGCUACAGGGGGGUCGCUGUCGUUCCAGUUCCUCUCCUGACGGACAAUUACGCAUACUUGCUUUUGAGUUUCGCAACGAAGCAGUGUGCCGUGGUUGACCCAGCUGACCCCAAGCUUGUACUGUACAUGCUGACUGUCGUCCGGUACUUAACAAAGGUUAAUUUUGUGCUGACAGAAAUCCUGACCACCCACAAGCAUUGGGAUCACGCAGGAGGUAAUCUGGAGCUCCUGCAGUCUGCACAAAACCAAAAUGCUGCGGAACAUACGGAACUCGUGGAUGCACGGUUGAAGAUCUUCGGCUCCAUGACUGACAAACCUCAUGCAUGUACAGACUUCGUGGAGGGUGGCGAGGUGUUGACGGUCGCAGGUGGAGGCGUGACGGCUGCCGUGUUUUCUUCUCCUGGGCAUACCGCUGGUUCUCUUAUGUUUCUUGUUGGAGACGCUCACAUGGAGCCUAGUGCUCCGCAGCGUCUGGCACUUUUCACGGGGGAUUGCAUCUUUUGCGGAGGUUGCGGUGCCAUGUUUGAGGUGACUGCCGUCGAUGAGGUGGCACAAACACGGGACUUGUUUUUUAGCGAGCGCUUGCGAACGCAUCCUGCAACGAAGAAAGUAUUCUCGGCAGAAGAUGUGUUAGUAUAUGUGGGGCACGAGUACACGGAGCGCCUUAUCGGGGAACUUCUGAAGUUGCAUGCGAAGGACCCAAACAAGGCGGAGGUCAACCCAGAAAUGCGGAAGUAUCGCAAUGCAUUGCGCGCGGCCGAGCGAACCACUCGCCUUUUGCGGUCCACGUGUGUGCCGGAUGACAUCGGCAAAUAUGUGCCACUGCGGGAGGUGAGCGACACGCCCUGGCGGCUCCCAGGCUGCACGGUGCCCUCGACGUUGGCCGUCGAACAACGCAGCAAUCCUCUCUUGACCGUGAAGCGUUCCCUCUUGGAGUCCCUCCAGGGAGGCGGUAGCUCCGUCUUGAACGAACUGCAAAAAAAUAUCUAUGCCUCCUCAGAGCGCCAGGUUUUUGACUAG